AUGAAUAAUGUUCACAUUUAGGCUAUAGAUGACCCUCUAGGUUUCCUCUUAGAUGGUAAAAAUUCAGUUAAUACAAACAGAUUUAUGAGUCUUGAUGAUCCAACUCCAGUCAAUCAGGAUAUUGAAACUGUAAUUAAUCCAUGUCCAUUUCACCCAAUUAAUUCGCUUGAAGAUGACUAGGUUGAAGCCACACAUAUCUGUGUAGAUGAAAAAUUAGCCCUGUGUGAUGAGUGUGCUAUUAUGCAUGCAAAAAAGAAAAACCAUUAAAUCCUCAAUAUGUAGACUUGUGUUAACGAAACUAGAGUAGUCCUCAAUAGUGUUGAAUCUCAAAUAAAAGAAAUUAUUAAGGAUAAGUAAUCAGCAGUUAGCAGAGGUAAGAAUGUAGUUAAGAUGCUAGAUACUAAGAAGUAAAGAUUCAUUGAAAAGCAACAGUUGAAGCUUGAAAAGGUGAUGAGACUCUUGAAGGAGCAGAUGCAACUGAGUAUCAAGGAAUAUGAAGAGCAAAUCUUCAAUAAAUAUGGAAAAGUAAUAGAAUAGAUGAAGAUGACUGAGUAAAAUGCUGCAGAAAAGGAAGACUAUUUAAAGGAUGUUUAACAUUUAAGAAAGGUGUUUGGUUAGAGAUCAAUCAAUAACAUUGUAACUAAAAUAUGUACAGCUGGAGAUUUAAUUAUAAAGUUCAAGAGAUAUGCAGCAGCAUAAAAUGAAGAUCCUGAGUUAGAGGAGGUUGAGAAUCAGAUUGCUAAUGAGAAUAAAAAAAUAGAUGAUAUUGCUUUGACAAAUCGAAAUAAGGAAAGCAAUAAUAACAAUAUGAAUACUAUAUCUACAAAGAAAUCCAAUAAAUAAGAGGCCUAGAUAAACCUGGAGUAAAUUUAGAGAAAGAAAAUAAGGAUUGUAAGAUGGAAGACUAAAAAAAUUGGAGAGUAUGAGCUGGAUACUAAGAUAUGGACAUUGACAGAUGCCUAGGUAUCAUAGAUAUUCCUACCUUUUUCUAGAACAGUUUAUCUUCCAAACUAAGAUCUGGUUAACUUAGGAGGCCUCGAUGAUAGCAUACCUUCGAAGCCAUUUUUCACCUAGAAUUGCGAGAUGCUUUCUCAGGUAGCGUUCAACGAGGAUGAAAAUUUAUAUGUACCAACAUCCUUGCAUUAAAUGAGAAUCGGCAGAGGCUGUUUCUCAGCUUGCUAUCAUGAUGAGAUGAUAUAUGUUUUUGGGGGAGUGAAUUUAGAGGAAGGUGUUAUAGCUAAUUGUGAAAAGUAUGAUACAGAAAAGGACAUUUGGUAUGUGAUCAGAAAUCUCAACAUUCCAAGGAAAAAUUCCUCAGUGUGUCCCUUGACUGCUGAUACACUGUAUCUAUUUGGAGGAACGAAUCAUCUCGGAGUAAUGACAGACACCAUUGAGCAAUACCUGAUAUCAGCUAACAUGUGGAUUCUAUUAGAGAUUAAGAUGCCAAACCCUAUUUCAUUUUUAACAACAUUCAAAGUAAGUCCAUUCUAAAUCAUACUGCUUGGCGGUUUAAUUGAGAGUGACAGUGAGGAUAGAGUCUCCUAUCCUUCUAAUCAAGUACUCUAGUUCGAUAUCAGAUAUCCAGAAAUAUUUAGAAGUGAGAAUCUCUUCAAAGAUUUUGUUAGCAUAUACCCUGCUUUCUACGAUGAAGAUGGACAACUGCUAUUGAUUAAUGAAGAUGGUAGAAGUGAUAGCCCUGAAGUAUUGAAAUACGACAUUAACAGAUAUCUCGUGAGACCUUCUAAUUAUUUGACCUUAAAUGAUGAUAUUUGA